UGUUUUAGCAACUCAGUAUAAUUUAAAAAAAAAUGUUCAAAAAGCCUUUUAGGAUUAAAUCCAAUACUAAUAUUCGUAAUUCUGAAAGGCGUAAACUUCGAGAAAAUGUGUUAAAACAAUACCCUCAUUUUAACUCGCAACAAUUAAUAAACCUAGUCCCAAACAAAGAAGAUAUGUCGGUCUCAAAGUUUGUAACAAAUUCAGAGAAGAAUGUUACCUGCUAUUUUCUAAACAAAAAUCCAAUUUUGUUUGAAGUUGAUGGUAUUUUGUUACCAACAGUUUAUGCUUUAUGGAGCACUGGUAUUACCUUGCUUAAUUUUGAAAUGCCAUCUGUUGUGUUUCCUGUUAUCUCUGGUGGGGCAGAUUUAAUGUUUGCUGGUAUUGUACAACCUCCUGAUGGAUUUCCUUCUUUUUCAACUGGUACACCAUGUUUUGUUGUUCUCACUGGAAAUGGGGCAGCAGUAGCAGUAGGAAUCACAGCUUGUUCAAAGCAAGAUAUAAUCGAUAAUGGUUUGCAAGGAAAGAGAGUAUCAAUAUAUCAUUGUUUUAAAGAUCACCUAUGGCUAAUUGGUGAUAAGUCUGAUCCACCCAUAAUAACACAAGUAUGUUCAACAAUUCAACCCACUACAAAUGAGCUGUCCAUUAACGGGCUCGAAAAUAUAACACUGGAAUCUUCAAUAAAUAAUAAUGAACAAAGUGCUAAACAAGAUUUUGAACAAGAAAAUCAUUUAAAUGAUCUACCAUGCCAAACUGAACAACAAUGUCCAUCAAAAGAUGAUCAAAAAGCAAGUUUAAUAAAUGAAGAUUGUAAUAAUGAAACCCAAAUUAUGAAUGAGAGCAAAAGUGUCAUAGACAUGGAUCAGUUGUUGUUUAAUUGUUUUUGUCAAGCACUUUUAAACGCCAAAAAAAUUGAACUACCAAUACUUGUAAGCAGUUUUUCCAGUCAAUAUUUGCAUCCUGCUUGUCCAGAAGGGCAAAGACUUGAUGUGAAAAAGUCGUCAUACAAAAAAAUGUCAAAAUUCUUAGCUGAAAUGCAGUCUAAAAACUUAGUUGAGAUUAAACAGCUUUCCAAAGGAAUUGAUUCUUUAAUAAGUAUUUCAACAGAUAAUGAUAUAAUGCGCACAUUUAAAUGCUCAGAAUUUGCUAAAGAAAUGAAGAAAAAAAAUACAUUAAAACUAGAGGAAGAAAAACUGGUUAAAAAAAAAAAUGCACAAACUGUUGAAGUUAGGGAACUAUAUGCUGUUUCAGCUAAAGUUGCACCUUUUUUCAAAAUUUUUAAUAUCAGCAAAGGAUCUGUUUUAUCGUCCUCAGAUGUUAGACAGAUUAUCACAGAGUAUGUAAAAAAGAAUGAGCUUAAUACAAGUGUAAAGAAUUCUGUCACUUUAGAUGCCAUGAUGAUUGAUAUAAUGUAUGGAAAAAAUCAACAUGAUAAUGUUUUAACUUGGGAUGUUCUAUUAAAAAGAAUGCUUGAUAAUAUGAAUCCUUGUCAUGAAGUCACCAUACCUGGUCAAAAAUCUGUCGUUCGAAAAGGAAACCUUGAAUAUGUUGAAGUAAUGGUUGAACAAAGAAUGGGUAAUAAAAAAGUUUCAAUAAUCAAGAAUUUAGAAGCAUAUGGUGUUGAUGUAAAAUCAUUUGCAGCCUCUUUGCAACAAAUGGCAGCAUCUAGUGCUCUAGUUGUUGAUGCGCCUGGAAAAUCAAGCGAUCAUCAUGUUGUUGUUCAAGGAGUACAGCAUAAACAUAUAAAAAAUUUGCUAGAUACGCACAAGAUCCCUAAAAAAUAUAUAAAAGGUCUUGAAUCAACAGAUAAAGAAAAGAAGAAGUAUUGAAGAAUUUUCGGUCAACACAUUAAAAUUGUAGUUGACAGACUGUUGAGUUGUGCUUAGCAUAUGGUUUAAAUUAAUCUAGCACCUUAAAUCGAUUCUUUAAACCUUUGUUGAUCUAACACAGGUUGCUGUAUUUUACAAAAACAGUUGUAUUUGUUUUGCACACACAAAAUAUGUGCAUUAUAUAUAUUUUUCAAUUUUAAAGAAUUGAAAAUUUCUAAACUACAAUACAAUUAAAAACAAA